UACAAAUAUGACCCUCAACUCAGACUCGCAUUCGCCCCCUCUCCAGUUCAAGGGAGAGAUCAUGGACUUUGACUUGGGUGCUGAGGUAGACCAUCGCAAGAGACGCCGGAACCGGACUACACAGUCGUGUCUUAACUGCCAUACUUCCAAGAGGAAGUGUGAUCGCAAGCGCCCAUGUCAACGGUGCAUCCAACUGGGAUUGACGGGGCUCUGUGUAUACGAAGUCGAUGAUCCAUCUCUUAGAGAUGAUCCUAACGUCGAUGAGGCUACUCGUCUACGAAACAGGAUCGCUGAGCUGGAGAGCCUUGUGAGGGAACUUCGUGGCAAGCCUCACCCUCGUUGGGCUGAGCCUAACUACUGCGACGGCGAUGCCAACGAGAAGUGGCACUCAAGAUCAAGCAAGCGGAAUGCAACGUCCCAGUACCCAAGGAGUAGGGACGGCCUAGUCGCCAGUGCUACCUCGCAAACUUCCUCCGUCAAAACCGAGCAGCCGACCGACUUCUCUCGCCACCAACUCUAUAGCCUCUCGUCGUCCCCAGGAUCGCCCGGCUCUCACGAGGAGAUAUCCGCUUCGCAGGCAUACUAUCGUAGCUAUGCCCAGCAGCAACCCCACGGCGAGGCUGCAGUAUAUUAUUCCCCGUCGUCUUCGAGCUCUCCCAUGGGCUACGACAACGGGGAUUUGCCGGUGCAGACGAACGGAGACCACUACUCACACCAUUCAUAUACCCGGUCCGCGAUGCACGCCGCCGACGCCCAGGUCUCGCCCUGCUCUUGCUUUAACAACCCUGCUGCCGCCCCUCCCUUGAUGGCGCUCACGACCCAGCUUCGCACUGCUUCACACAUCCUGAGACAGCUGCCGGAGCAUCAUACGCCCCACGAGUGUCGCAUUCUCAACAGAAUCGUCGAGCUCGACGACAUCAUGCACGGCGGUGUCUCUGGCUAUAUGUCAGAUUCUUCAUACGACACGGCGGUUCCGUCGUCUGCGGACAGUGAGAUCAUGUCGCCGACGUCGGCUUCAAGCCAGUCUAGCCUGAACACGCCAUUGCAGGAAUGGCCCGCGAUGGAAGCGCAGGCUGCAUACGAGUACUAUCCUGUCCCGACAGACUACCAGAAAGCGUAUCAUCUUGCUGCAUGAUGUUUAUUGAUAUUUUGCUUUGCCUCAGGGGACUUGGUCGUCAUAUUGGGACAUUACGGGCACCUUUCUGACUGUAUGGCAUGUAUAAUCCGGCUAAGGCUUUGGGACGUUUUCGUAUGCUCUGUUUCUUGCUUACAUGAAACUCGAUACAUUGUAGUGUAUAUCAUCGACUAUAGAUCUCGCGCAGAGACUGCUUGGCAAUCCUAGU